GACUCUGCGCAUAAAAGACACUAGCGGUCUGCACCUCUACCGUGUACGCCCUAGUCACUCUUUCACCCCCCACCCCCCCCAACAACCGAAAUAUGAUUUCCACCAAACGCGCGCGCCGCUGCGGGUCGCGAGUGGGCGUGACACCAAGAAGAACCGUAGUGAUGCACCUUCUCGAAACCGCCCGGUUCCUCCACCUACUAAGGAUUUGCCUCUGUGGCUCCUCGAUUUGAGGAACAAACGAUGUGACAGAUUUGAGCGGGUGUUAGCUUCUAGCAAGUGACCUAAACUGGCGGCGCGCUGGCUACGCUUCCUGUUGUUGCUAGCCGGCGACAUAGAGAAUCCUGGACCAUCGUCCGGCUUCCAAACCACGACGCCCGUGCCUCGAGGUCCUCUCGACAUGAAUGUCGGUUUCGCAACAGCGACCUCUGGUCGCAUGCAGCUUUGUCUGGAAGCCUUUGCAAUUUGGCUGAGGUUUGAAUUUGACGUCUCGAGCAGAUUGGUUGGGAUUUUGCUGCAGGUCCUCUUGCAGUACGUGCCUACGGGAUGCGUUUGUUUGCAGCUGGGCACCCCCGGUACAAAUUUGUCUACACUAUCACAGCCAUGCAGGAUGCUUUCCACAUUUGAGACCCUUUUUCAGUUCAGGUUGGCAGGUUGAUAGAAAACGGCAGCAGCGCGAACCUGGCUGCUGUCGGCCUGUGCUUUCAGCUCCGAUCUUGCGAGCCAUGACUGCACUCUGUUUACUUUGGAAGUGGCACCGCUGGCUCGGGAUCACGUUGAUUGGUUUUCUAGGAAUGUUGCACCCUGCUGAAUUUGUGCACUUGGUCCGAGCUGACCUUUUGCUGCCCUCUGACACCUUGGUGGAUUCAGAUUCAUUCAAUGUGCACAUCCGGCACCCUAACACUGCGCGGUUUGCGCGGAAGCAACAUUGCAAGAUCGAUGACCCCAUCGUGCUGCAAUUCAUCAUCAAAGUUUUUGCUAGGUUUAAAUCUGCUGAGCAACUGUUUCCUGGUGGGCCAUCUACAGUCGGAGGUGGGAUGUGAUCCUUAACAAACUUGGACUCCCAUCAACUAUGAAGAACCAGGGAGCAACGGUGGCGCUACAGCGCUGUAUCUCCGAACGGAAAACUUAAGUUUGAUUCAAUGGCGAGGCCGAUGGGCCCAGCUGAAGACAGUAGAGCAUUACAUCCAGGAAGUCGCGGCUCAAUCGCUGCUUUCCACGCUCCCUUCCUUGGCUCGAGAAGUGAUCCGCGAGUUUGAUGCUGCCGCUCCGUUGCUGCUUGAACAAUUUUUGGCUGACCACUCAAAGCAAUGAAAUUUUGGAUGGAUGUCAUCCACGUCACUGGAAUUGCCACAGUGGCUUACUUGUGUGUGGUUGGACAUCGUGUGCCGCUCAUGCAAGGGUCUUGGCUGACUACAUGCGAAGUGAACGCUUGAACCGCUCAUGCAAGGCUAAGGGUCUUGGCUGACUACAUGCGAAAUGAGCGUUUGAACCGCUGCAAUUUGCAGCGAUUGGGACGUCUUGCAACAGCGAGAAAAGAAGGCGGCAGCAGGAUGAUAUAUAUAUAUAUAUGCGAUGUACAAUGUACACACAUUCUGACAAGUUCGAUUCCUGUUGCACUCCUGUACUUGAAUUCGCCAGCUGGAAAAAAGAUUAUCCGAUGACCAUGACCCUCAACUGGCAUCGCAGAGGUUGCCGAUGCCGCAUCUGGAUCAUAUUGGCCAAACUUGCUCAUCUUACAGGGCGAAGCCCUACCAGCCUGCGGGCUUACACAGCAAUUACCCGCACCACUCAUCGGCAUACCUUUGCUUAGCCCGUUGAAAAUAUAACACGCGAUCUGAAUAGAGAGACGCAAUCAUGGCUCUGGCAAGAUCUCUAUCGCUCCUGCAGCUACAGCUGGGAAGUCUUGCCUCAGCAAGGGGCCGAGCCCUACACCACAAGCGUGAGAUGUUGCCGACAUGCCAGAACAUGCCUGCUUGACCUCAACCAAACCAG